AGGAGCGGAAGCGCGUGCGCUUGACCGUUUCAGCGAUGGAGAUGGACCGGACCGGAUCAUGGAGCUCGUGUCCGGACUGCUGAGCCGAGUGUGGCUUUUGACGGGACUUUCUGACGUGACGAAUGACAACAGAAGCAAGAAAAUGGAGGAAAAAGCGCUGGAGGUGUAUGACGUGAUUCGGACGAUCCGUGACCCGGAGAAGCCCAACACUCUGGAGGAGCUGGACGUGGUGACGGAGAAGUGUGUGGAGGUCCAGGAGCUCGGGGACGAUGAGUAUCUGAUCAUCAUCAGGUUCUCUCCAACCGUCCCGCACUGCUCUCUGGCCACUCUGAUAGGUCUGUGCUUACAAGUCAAACUUCAGCGCUGCCUGCCGUUCAAGCACAAGCUGGAGAUUUACAUAACUGAGGGAACGCACUCGACUGAGGAGGAUAUUAACAAACAGAUCAAUGAUAAGGAGCGCGUGGCAGCCGCCAUGGAGAACCCCAACCUGCGGGAGAUCGUGGAGCAGUGCGUAACCGAACCGGACGACUGACUUUGACUUCUAAGCGGGUUUGCUUUCUUAAACGGACUGUCUGAUGAAACCUCACUCUGUCAAAUAGCAGUCGCCGCUGUAAAUAGCAGAAAAAAAGCGAUCGAUACGCAGCCGUGGCCUUCAUGUCUUCAUAACAGCAGGGCGUCUGCCGACUGCUGAGCGCGCGGGUCUCCGGAGAGACGGAGGUCUCCGGCCUUUCCGCCUGUCUUCGCGUUUGUUUGUUUGUUCUUCUGAGUUCGGCUCGUUGAAAAACAACAUUACUCGAGCUGAGAGACAAAACACAGCGACUUCCUGUUCAACUUCCUUGGUAAACAAGCAAUAUGUUGCAUCAAACCACAUAAGAAACAAUAUUUCACUCAAGAAUUGAAAAAGGAACUAACCCUCAUGUCCUCGUCUGACUUUUUGUUUCCGUUUCCAUACAGUAAAAUCGUACCAUGAAAUGAUCCAAAAGACACAAAAAGCAUAAAAAAUGAUCAUUUAUGAGGCAAAGUGUGACAUUUAUGAUACUGCAAUGAUGCUUUUAUGGUAUUUUUAGUAUCCGUCCUCAUUCACUUUCACUGUAUGGAAAAGAGCAGCUUGGACAUUCUGUGUAAUAUCACAUAUUUCGUUUUCUAUAAAUGAAAGUGAGUCAAACAGGUUUGGAACGACGAAGUUGAGUGUAUGAUAAUAAAUUGACAAUAAAUGUAUGUGGAAAAAUAAGAAGAAAUGUCAGAGCUCUGUUAUCGAUCCUGCAGUCUAUAUGCGAAAUGAACUACUUUUUAAGGAUUUUUUCUGUAAUCUGUAAUGAUGAGUUUGUAAAUAAUUUCAUUUUGUAAGGAAAAAGUCUAUAUUUGUAGAAUUUAAGAUCUUACAAAUAAAAACCUUCUCAGAGAA